UAGCGGGCUAACGUUGCACACCCGGCAACAGGUGACUUUUGUUUUUCUCUGUUCUUGCUCUUUGUUCUUGCUUCGAAGGUCAGUUUGUCAGAGCCAUUCAACACGCAUCGUAUUUGAAUAAUCUCCUCGUUUGAGGGUCGGUCAUGUUCGACCCCACACAACACGGGUUGAGCCGGGAUUUCCGGCUCACCAAGUUCUCCACACUGCGCGGGUGAGGUUCGAAAAUUCCUCAAGAUGUCCUUGACCGGCUUCUUCGAGGAGUUUACAGCGAACAAUUCGCUGAAAGUAGCAGCAAAAACAAGGAGGAGAAGGAGCAAUCUGGUGGGAAAGUAGGUGAUAAGCAAAAGGAAGUUGAUAGCGCUGAGGGUGUUGGGAUUGGACUGGAUUCGUCCGUGAUACCGUUGAAGAAUGACUUGCAUUUAGUUCAGACCGUGGAUUUUUUCUAUCCGCUAAUCGAUGAUCCGUACAUGUUGGGUCGCAUCGCGCUGGCCAAUGUGGUCAGCGACGUGUAUGCCGUGGGAGCGCUUGAGAUCGAUGAAAUCCGGCUGGUUUGCUCGGCCCCAACCGAGUUCAGCGAAAAAGAGCGGGAUGUUGUGGUACCGAUGAUCAUCAAGGGUUUCCAGGAUGCGGCUGCGGAGUCAAAGUCGCGCGUCAAAAUCGGAAGCAUUGCACUGAAUCCAUGGUGCAUUAUCGGCGGAAUCGCCACAGCCGUUUGUCACAAAUCGGAAUUGAUUAUGCCGUACUAUGCACAAGCAGGAGACUCGCUAGUCCUGACCAAACCUUUGGGAACGCAACUAGCCACCAAUGCCUUUAUUUGGAUGACUGAAAAUUCCGACAGCUGGAAGAAACUCUCCGCCAAGUUUUCUACGUCUGACAUUGAGAAAACCUACGCUAUCGCAAUCGAGUCCAUGUCCCGCCUGAACAAAUCCGGAGCAGAGUUAAUGCACAAAUUCGGAGCGCACGCAGCUACCGACGUGACCGGUUUCGGACUUUACGGCCACGCGGACAAUUUGGUGAAAUUUCAGAAGGAAAGCGUUGAUUUCGAAAUCGACACGCUUCCAAUAAUCAAGAACGUAGCGGAAAUUUCCGAGCUGCUUGGGCGAAGCGCUAAGCUUAUGGCGGGAAAAGCGGUCGAAACAUCCGGCGGGCUGUUGAUUAGCCUGCCUGCCGCAAAUGCCCAGCAUUUUUGCGAGGAAUAUGAACGGGUCUCGGGUCAUGCUGCUUGGAUUGUUGGGCGAGUGGUGGUCGGAAGUCGCACGGUCAAAAUGAGUUCAAAUCCAACGACGCUCAGCGUACAAUAGGAGCUUCUAGAUCGCGGUGUGUCAUGUAAGUGAGUGGAAUUCAUGAAUUUUACUCGAAAGCAGUUUUCUUAUCGCCUGCGCGGGAGCACGUAUGAAGUGGGCUUUUAAAGGCUGAAACGCUGGUAAGUUUACGAAAGUUUUUCUCUCUUGUAGAUGGAAGAUUUAUUUGCUUUCGAGCCUAAUUCUGAAAGAUUAUCGGUUACAUGAAUAAAUUGUUUCAAUUUUCAUAUAUAA